AUGACCACUCACGAAGCAACAUCAUUUGUGAAUCAGAUAAAAAAUUACACCUUUCUCACUUCUCUGGUAAUCUGGUACGACAUUCUGCUUCACAUCAGUGUAGUCAGUAAGAUCCUCCAGACCAUUGACAUAAAUGUUUCUGAGGCCGUGGAAAUGCUUGAAAAAACAAAAGCAUAUUUUGAGACCUGCAGAACAGAUGAAAAGUUUGUGUCUUUGUUGAUGGAUUCCAAAGAACUGGCUACAGAAUUAGAGCUAGAAGAUCUAACAUUACCAUGGAUAAGAGUUUCUCGGCGGCGAAAUAUAGUAACCACAUCUUUGGAUGAGAGAUUCAGUCAACUGAAAUCUCAUUGUGAUUAUUUCGAUUUUCUCUAUGACAUCGGCAAGCUGAAGAAUGCACCUCCUGACAGCCUGGUCACAAAGUGCAGAAACCUCGCAGUGAUUUUGCAAGAUAAUUAG